AUGCCCCAAAAGGUCGUGAUUAUCGGAGGCGGGAUCGUUGGUGUCUCGACAGCCUAUUACUUGUCUCAUCAUGAAUCCAAUCCGUCCGUUACGUUGAUCGAGGCUUCUUCGAUCGCCUCUGGCGCAUCAGGCAAGGCUGGCGGCCUUCUCGCUCUCGACUGGCACGGAAACGAUACUGCUUCUCUCGCACGGCUUAGUUAUCAACUUCAUGCAUCUUUGGCCGAACAAUUCAAUGGACGUGAACGAUGGGGCUACCGAGAACUCACUACUCUGGAAAUUAGCUGCACGGAAGGAAAAGCACCCAGUCGCCAUGUAGCUGGUGUUCCGGAUUGGUUGCGUGAAGGGGUUAUCAGCAAGGUCGGGAACUUGGGAACUACCCAAUCGACAGCCCAAGUUCACCCUCGACGGUUUUGCGAGGCAAUAGUCAAAGAGUCCAAGAAUCUAGAAGUCAUAAUGGGCCAUGCCUCCAAAGUUGUCCUCUACGACGACAAGAAGGUUAAAGGGGUAGAAGUGGAAUUCGACGGUAUCCGAGAAACGAAAAUUAUAGAAGCAGACGUCGUAGUAGUGGCAGCAGGACCCUGGACAUCAAGGCUUCUUCCAAACAUACCCGUUUCGACCCAAAGGGCCCACAGUAUCACCAUAUCUACACAGACCCCAGUAUCUCCACACGCGUUAUUCACGAAUAUAAAACUCAAAAAUGGCAGCUUGGCUACUCCAGAGAUUUACCCUCGUACGGACGAAAUAUACGCCUGUGGUGACGUGGACAAGCACGCUCCUUUACCCAAAUUCGCCAGAGAUGUGAAGGUAGAUGAAGGAAGGUGCAGACAGAUCAUGAAGAACAUCAGCGUAGUAAGCGAAAUAUUAGAGUAUGGUGAAAUUACAGCUAUGCAAGCCGAAAUUGGACCCGGCCCGUCAGUAGGCUGGGUUCCUGGGAUGAGAAAUGUGGCAGUAGCUGCCGGCCAUAGCUGCUGGGGUAUUUGCAAUGCUCCAGGGACCGGAAAGCUUCUCACAGAGCUCAUUUGUGAGGGAAGGAUAAGUAGUGCUAAUAUCCAAAGCCUCGACCCCGGUCGAUAUACCAGAUAA